AUGGCCAAUACAGGAGGACACCGGCGGCGCAAGCCAGACCUGGAUUUCUACCUCCACCGCGUCUUCCGCAAACAGUCUUUCCGUCCGUUGCAACGAGAAGUGAUUGACGCAGUCAUCGAGGGUCACGAUGUUUUCCUUCAAGCAUCGACCUCGUUCGGCAAGAGUUUGUGCUUCCAAUUGCCUGCGGUAAUCAGCACGGGGCUGACAAUUGUCAUAUGCCCACUUCUUGCAUUGAUGAUGGACCAAGUCAAUGCUCUCCAGGCCAUUGGAGUAGCAGUGUCAACCAUCAACUCCAACACGACCUUAUCGGAGAGACGCAAAAUCUUGGACGAUAUUCUUUCCGGCCAUCCACGCACCCGCCUCCUUUACGUGACCCCAGAACUAUGCCAGACAGACAUGUUUCGGCGCAACCUCGCGAUUGUCCACCGACAAGGCCAGCUCACGCGCGUUGCAAUCGACGAAGCCCACUGUAUCAGUGAAUGGGGGCAUGACUUUCGUCCCGCAUACCAAGAACUGGGAUGGUUCAAGAAUACUCUCACCAACCCACCGGUUCCUAUCAGCGCUCUCACGGCCACAGCCACGCCGCGCGUCCGGUCGGACAUCAUCAACAUGCUGGGGCUGGACACCUCCGAGCUCAAAUUGUUCAACACGCCAUCUGCUCGGCCUAACAUACAUUAUGAGGUCCGGUACCUCCAAGACGACGCCAGCGACACCACCCGGGCAGAAGGACUGCACCUGGACGACCUUCGGAAAUGGCUCAAGUCCAUUCAAUCCCGACGCGAGGCGCGGUUCGGCGCCGACGCUGCAGCACGACUUCCACCGAUGUCAGGAAUCAUUUACGUUGGACUGCGCGCAGCCGCCGAGAACCUCGCGCACAAACUCUCGGAUGCGUCUAUCUCGGCAGUGGCCUACCACGCCGGACUUGCGCCGCAUGACCGAACACGUAUUCAAGCCAUGUGGACAGCGCCGCAAGAAGCCCAAACCCCCACGGAUGAGACGCCGUCGCGCGCUUUCUCCAUCAUCGUUGCCACGAACGCCUUCGGAAUGGGCAUCGAUAACCCCCACGUCCGCUUCGUAAUCCACUGGACGCCGCCGCGCAGUUUCGAAGGGUUUGUCCAAGAAUCCGGACGUGCAGGCCGGGACGGCCGCGCCGCCGCCUCGCUGGUCUACUACAACACCCAAGAACGAGACCGGAUCUACGACCGCGUCAUUCGCGAUGCCGAGAACGUGCGCAAUCGCGGCGGGCCUGCGCAGGUCCUCGCCAGCCGGAUGCGCAACCAAGAAGCCCGGCUCGAGAGCUUCAUGAAGGUUAUUCGAUACUGCCAGACCAUUACCCGCUGCCGACAUGAGCUGAUCAAAGACAUCUUUGGCGACUACGAGCUCGAAGAGAUGGGCUCGACGCAGCCUCCUUCGUCUAUGCCUAUAAAAACUGAGGGUGGUGGUGCUGCUGCCUUGCCUCCUUCGCCGUGCGAUUUCGCGUGCGAUUUUUGUAAAGAGGGUCGAGCGGGACUAGCGGCUCGGAAGGCGAAGAUGGUUACCGAGUCUCCGCCGGAGUAUUUGAUGGUGAUGUCGGAUAUCAUGCAGGCUAUGUUUCCGCGCUUGUUUCCUGAUGCAGCUAGAGGUUUGUGUUCGGAUUGGUGUUGA